CAGUUUAAGGGGUAUGAGUGUAAUUAAAGAAUCCUUAAAACGUUCUAUCAACGCGCCAAAACUGUUCCUCCUCCAAGCCAACGGGAAAACCGCACCGGGUGGUCUGGUGCUGAUUAGCCUACUCAGAUGAGCCUCCGCCACCAUCCACCAGCUCAACAACCGGGCGGUGCCCGAGGUCGACCAGGUCACCAACAGCCUAGUUCUGCCGUGCCCGAACCACCCAAGCAAGGGGCCUACAACAUAAUCCUAGUCAAUGAUGUCCUCGCCGACCACCCUGCCCGCUGGUAUCCUGAGGUCCGUGCAGUCUGUGCUGUCCUCCGUUCCGUUGGUGACCUCUGCCAGCCACCCUCGUCAAUGCAAUGGCGUCCCCACUACGACGUCCUCGAUUGGCUUGCCCUGUUCUUCGGGUUCCAGAGGGACAACGUGCGGAACCAGCGGGAGCACCUUGUCCUCCACUUGUCGAACCAGCAUAUGUGCCUAUCAGACGCGCUCGAGGUCCUCGAUCCAGCUGUCCUCAGAAGCUUCCGGAAGAAGCUGCUGAAGAACUACGCCGACUGGUGCUCCUACUUGGGCCGGACCUCAAGCAUCUGGAUCUCCGAGACGCGGGAGUCCGUGAAUGAUCUGAGGCGAGAGAUUCUCUAUGUCUCACUCUGGCUCUUAAUCUGGGGUGAGUCCGCGAACCUGAGGUUCAUGCCGGAGUGCAUCUGCUACAUUUUCCACCACAUGGCUGAUGAAUUGAACAAGAUCCUUGAAGGCUGCCUCGACCCGGACACGGCCAGGCCCGUGCUUCCUGCAUCCUAUGGUGGUGAGUACGCUUUCUUGGACAACAUCGUGAGACCCAUCUAUCAGACGAUUCGGAAGGAGGUGGAGUCCAGCAAAAAUGGUACUGCUCCACAUCGCUCGUGGAGGAACUAUGACGAUAUCAAUGAGUAUUUUUGGACCGAGAGAUGCUUAGAGAGGCUGGGGUGGCCCAUUAAGCUCGGAAGCAACUUCUUUGUGCAUGAAAGGAUCGGUAAUAAGGUUGGCAAGACCGGGUUUAUUGAGCAGAGGUCAUUCUGGAACCUCUUCCACAGCUUCAAUCGACUGUGGAUAAUGCUGAUCUUAUUCCUCCAAGCUGCAAUUAUAAUAGCUUGGGAAAGGAAAAAGUCCCCUUGGGAGGCUUUGGAGAACCGAGACGUGCAAGCCCGGGUUUUGACCAUUUUCAUCACGUGGAGCGGGUUGCAGUUCUUGCAGUCCCUGCUCAGUUUGGGGAUGCAGCAUACGCUGAUCACUAGGGAGACCAAGUUGCUGGGAAUGAGGAUGGUGAUGAAGGUUGCAGUCUCGGGCGUGUGGAUGGUCAUUUUUGGGGCACUUUAUGGCCGGAUUUGGUCACAGAAGGCAGCCGAUGGGCAGUGGUCAGGGGCAGCGAGCCAUAGAAAGGUCAUUUUCCUUGAAGCUGCCCUUGUGUUUGUCCUCCCAGAGUUGUUGGGUUUAGUUCUAUUCGUAGUCCCGUGGAUCCAAAACUUCCUGGAGGAAAGCAAUUGGAAAGUCAUUCAGAGUCUCGCAUGGUGGUCCCAGGGUCGGACUUUUGUCGGUCGAGGCAUAAGGGAAGGCUUGGUCGAUAACCUGAAAUAUACUCUCUUUUGGCUGGUGGUUUUAAUUACUAAAUUUUCUUUCAGCUACUUUCUGCAAAUUAAGCCCAUGAUUGAACCGACGCGACAGCUUUUGCAUCUCCGGGACGUUGACUACUGGUGGCAUCAGCUCUUCAGCGACAGCAACAGGUUUGCGGUUGGGCUCCUUUGGGCCCCUGUCGUGUUGAUUUACCUUAUGGAUAUGCAGAUUUGGUACUCGAUCUACUCAUCUUUUGUUGGAGCCCUAGUCGGGCUGUUGGAUCACUUGGGAGAGAUCCGAGACAUCCGACAGUUGAGGCUGCGAUUUCAGUUCUUUGUGAUGGCCGUCCACUUUAAUCUGAUGGCAGAAGAGAAGCCUCUGAACAUGAGGAGAAGUAGGUUUCAUGAUUUUGUCGACCGACUUAAGCUGAGGUACGGCCUCGGAAGGCCUUACAAGAAGCUUGAACCCAAGCAGGCAGAGACUCAAAAAUUUGCUUUACUAUGGAAUGAGAUCAUCAAAAACUUCCGGGAGGAGGACAUUUUAUCGGACCAUGAGGUUGAGCUAUUGGAGCUCUUGGAGCUGGAUCCUUCUUGGGAAGUUCGGGUCAUCCGAUGGCCCUGUUUUCUCCUUGGCAACGAGCUGCAGAUCGCACUGAGCCAGGCUAAGUUUCUAGUGGACGCUCCCGAUCGGUGGCUCUGGUACAAGAUUAGCAAGCACGAGUACAGGCGAUGCGCUGUGAUUGAAGCCUAUGACAGCAUCAAGUGCCUGAUGCACCAGAUUAUCCGGGUUCAAACUGAGGAGCACUCCAUUGUGACAAGUCUGUUUAAUAUGAUCGACCGGUCGAUCGACAUUGAGAAGUUCACCAAGUCGUUCAAAAUCACUGCUCUGCCUAAAAUUCAUGAGAAGUUAACAAAGCUCAUGGAACAAGUGAUCUCACCCAAGAAAGAUCUGAACAAAGUGGUGAAUGCGCUUCAGGCCCUUUACGAGGCUGUAAUCAGAGACUUUCUCAAGGAGGAUCGGAACAGUGAGAGGCUGAAGGAUGACGGUCUAAUGCCGCAAGACUCAUCUUUGAGAGCAGGAUUGCUAUUUCAGGAAUGUGUCGUAAUUCCUGAUCAAAAGGAUGAGAAGUUCUACAGGCAAGCUCGCCGCUUGCACAUCAUUCUCUCCUGUCAAAGCUCCAUGCAUGAUGUACUUAAGAGCCUUGAAGCGAAGCAGAGAAUUGCCUUCUUCAGCAACUCACUGUUCAUGAACAUGCCCCGGUCUCCCCAAGUCGAGAAGAUGAAGUCGUUCAGCGUGCUGACCCCAUACUACAAGGAGGACGUGCUGUACAGUGAAGACCAGAUCAACAAGAAGAAUGAGGAUGGGAUUUCCAUCCUGUAUUACUUGAAGACGAUAUAUCCCGAGGAGUGGAAGAACUUCAAGCAGAGGAUGCGACGGGAAGGGAUGGCGGAUGAUAGCGAGCUAGAAACCACAAAGUCGAGAGAUGUCAGGCUUUGGGUGUCUUACAGAGGGCAGACUCUCGCUCGUACAGUACGAGGAAUGAUGUAUUAUUAUCGGGCCCUCAAGAUGCUAGCUUUUCUUGAUUCUGCUUCCGAGACAGACAUCCAGAGAGGGAUGGAAAUGGGUCCACUGAGUCAAAAUGGAAGUCCUUCCUUGGAAGAUGUGAACGAAGCAAAUGAUUCGAAUAGUUCGUUGUUCAAAGGGCACGAGGAUCGAAUUGCCUCAAUGAAGUUUACUUAUGUCGUUGCCUGCCAACUUUACGGGGCACAGAAGGUCGACAAAGAUGCUGCUGAAAGGGCCAAGGCUAAUGAUAUUCUAAAUCUGUUGAAAAGCUAUGAGGCCCUUCGAGUUGCUUAUGUUGAUGAAGUCUCCCGUGGGAGCGGUGAGAAAGAGUACUACUCUGUCCUGGUGAAGUAUGAUCGCAAGCUGGAGAAGGAAGUAGAAAUAUACCGCGUCAGGUUGCCCGGUCCUUUAAAGCUUGGAGAGGGAAAGCCAGAGAACCAGAACCACGCCAUGAUCUUUACUCGAGGGGAUGCAGUCCAGACGAUCGACAUGAACCAGGACAACUACUACGAGGAGGCUCUCAAGAUGCGGAAUCUCUUGGAAGAAUAUGAUAACUACUAUGGGAUUCGCAAGCCCACUAUCCUCGGGGUAAGGGAACAUAUCUUUACAGGAUCAGUUUCUUCGCUUGCUUGGUUCAUGUCAGCACAAGAAACGAGCUUCGUCACCUUGGGGCAGCGGGUACUUGCAAACCCGCUAAAGAUCCGAAUGCACUACGGACAUCCUGAUGUUUUUGACCGAUUCUGGUUCAUGAGUCGGGGAGGGAUCAGCAAAGCCUCCCGAGUGAUCAAUAUAAGUGAGGACAUUUUCGCAGGGUUUAACUGCACGCUCAGAGGAGGAAACGUGACCCACCACGAAUAUAUUCAAGUGGGUAAGGGAAGGGAUGUUGGGUUGAACCAGAUAUCCAUGUUCGAAGCUAAGGUCGCGAGUGGGAACGGCGAGCAAGUGCUCAGCAGAGAUGUCUACAGGUUAGGCCAUCGACUGGACUUCUUUCGGAUGCUAUCCCUUUUUUACACAACCGUUGGGUUCUUCUUCAACACGAUGAUGGUCAUUCUGACAGUGUACGGGUUCUUGUGGGGUAGACUAUAUCUUGCUCUCAGUGGAGUCGAGAGCACAGCUUUGAGCAGCAAUGAAAAUGGAAGCCUAGACAACAAAGCGCUUGGUACUAUUCUGAACCAGCAGUUCCUGAUCCAGCUCGGUUUGUUCACGGCUCUCCCAAUGAUAAUCGAGAACUCGCUCGAGAUGGGAUUCCUCCAAGCCAUCUGGGACUUCCUAUCGAUGCAGCUCCAGUUGUCCUCGGUCUUCUACACUUUCUCCAUGGGUACCCGGGCCCACUUCUUCGGCCGAACUGUCCUCCAUGGUGGGGCCAAAUAUAGGGAAACAGGACGUGGCUUUGUGGUUGAGCACAAGAGCUUCGCCGAGAACUACCGCCUGUAUGCACGAAGCCAUUUCAUAAAAGGGAUUGAGCUUGGCCUUAUCCUCACGGUCUAUGCAGCCUACAGCCCAAUCGCUAAGAGCACAUUCACUUACCUCGCCAUGACAAUCUCAAGCUGGUUCCUCAUCGUGUCUUGGAUCAUGGGCCCCUUUGUGUUCAACCCUUCGGGCUUCGACUGGUUGAAGACUGUGAAUGACUUCGAGAACUUCAUGAAUUGGAUAUGGUUCCAUGGACGGCUCUUCGCAACAGCUGAACAGAGCUGGGAGACAUGGUGGUACGAGGAGCAGGCGCACUUGAGGACAACAGGCCUGUGGGGAAAGGUCCUGGAGAUAAUCCUCGACCUUCGAUUCUUCUUUUUCCAAUAUGCUAUUGUGUACCGACUUAAGAUCGCCGAUGGAAGUACCAGCAUUUUGGUCUACCUGCUGUCGUGGAUUUACGUGUUUUUGGCUUUCGGGACGUACAAGAUUAUCUCGUAUGCUCGAGAUAAGUACUCUGCGAAGGAGCACAUUUACUACCGGCUGGUUCAGUUCCUAAUCAUCACGCUCGGCAUUAUCACAAUAAUUCUUCUUUCAGAGUUCACGAAGUUCGAGUUCUCAGACAUAUUCACGAGUCUCUUGGCAUUCGUCCCCACAGGGUGGGGCCUCAUAUUGAUUGCACAAGUUUUUCGGCCAUUCCUGCAGAGGGUUAUGUUAUGGGACAGUGUUGUUUCCAUGGCUCGGCUUUACGACAUGAUGCUUGGAGUGAUAGUCAUGGCCCCAGUGGCAGUGCUAUCAUGGGCCCCUGGGUUCCAGUCGAUGCAGACGAGGAUUCUGUUCAAUGAAGCGUUUACCCGCGGGCUGAGAAUAUCUCAGAUUGUCCAGGGCAAAAAGCCGAAGCAGAAAGUCAAAGAGCCGAACAAGAAAGUGAAAGAGUGAUGCUGGAGGUAUAAAAGCUAAUCGGAAUCCGACUAGAUAGCUGCAUUUUCCGGUGCUUAAGUGAACAUUUGCUGUCAAUUUGGAAUUGAUUGUCCAGAUGGUUCUUGUAGCCGGUGGUUCGAUAUGAGGCCUUUGUCAGCAGUUGUUUGGUGCUCUAGAAGUAAACCAAUGUUACCAACGAGCUUGCCGUGUCCUUUAUACUGGUUCGUCGGAAUUGGAGCUGGAUGGUUGUUGCCUUCACCGGUAAUUCUUCCAAAUUUAGAUCAGACGACUCGAUAGGAAAGCAAUUAAUGUAUAACUCUAGGAUCAACUGAAAGGGGAUAAACAGAAGAUGUCUCUAUACGUUUGCAGAUCGGUUUUGGCUCAGUUCUGGAUGUCGUGUUGCAUAUUGCAGUAACCAAAAUAUUACCAUGGUGUG